AAUGUAAGUUGACUCAACAGUUUACUUAAGAAAGUAAUAUUAUAUAAGGAGAUUAUUCAUGAUGUCAUUCUAUAUAAGUUACAUGGCUGAUGUCAUAUGACAAAAUAUACAUGAAUCCGCGUGGGGUAACCUCUUGAAUAAAGAUUAUAUACAUCAACCAAAAGAAGUUUGUCUCUUAAUUGAAAAGGCCAAACAUGCAUGGAACUCUUCAUUAUUCCCUUCUAUGUCCGUCUUUUCUCCUUCUAUGCCUAUGGGGAAGACCCUUCCUUGAUGCAAAAGAAGCUAUACCAAUACCAAUAGGGGUAGUUCUUGAUUUGAACUCCUCGAUUGGAAGUGUUUCUAAUAGCUGCAUAUGGAUGGCAUACCAAGAUUUCUAUCAGCGCCACCCUCAUUACAAAACUAGACUUACUCUUCAGACCCGAGAUUCUGAGCAAAAUGUGGUCACAGCAGCAUCUGUAGCUCAAGAAUUGUUAAAUGAGAAGGUGCAUGCAAUCAUUGGACCACAAACAUCAGAACAAGCUUGGUUUGUUAUAGAACUUGGAAGCAAAGCUCAAGUGCCCGUAAUCUCAUUUUCUGCCACAAGUCCAUCACUUUCCUCGACUCAAAAACCUUAUUUCAUUCGCACAGCACGGGAUGAUUCCUCUCAGGUGGAAGCUAUAUCAGACAUUGUCGAAGUUUAUGGUUGGCGUGAAAUCGUCCCCAUAUAUGAAGACACUGAAUAUGGCAAUGGUCUUAACUUGUAUCUACACGAUGCCUUUGUAAAUAUUGGCACGCGAGUGCCUUAUAGAUGUGUCAUUGGUCCACACUUUGGGGUUGAAGAAAUAUCGAAAGAGCUCGAGAAGGUGAAGUGCAUGGCAACAAAAGUGUUCCUUGUUCACAUGAGCAGUGAAGUUGGGUGUAAGUUGUUUCUGGCUGCAAAGAAAUCAGGGAUGAUGGCAAAGGGGUAUGCAUGGAUAGUUACUGAAGGCCUAUCUGCAGAGGUAGACCCUAUGAUCUUAAAAUGCAUGGAUUCCAUGCAAGGUGUUUUGGGAGUUAGGCCAAGGCCAAACCACUCCAAAAGGCUUGAAAACUUCAAAGAAAGAUGGAAGGUGUUAUUAUCAGGUAAAGGAAACAAUGAGUCCAAUGGGACAAAUGUGACCAUCUUUGGAUUGUGGGCUUAUGACACUGUUUGGGCAUUAGCCAAGGCAGUGGAGAAUGUUUGGAAGCAAAACGCUCUCUCCCAAAACCAUAAUGCUACAAAUACUACCCUUCUUAACACAAUCCUGGCUACCAAGUUCCAUGGCCUCUCUGGGAGUUUCCAUUUGGUUAAAGGACAACUAGAGCCAUCAACUCUUGAAGUGUUCAAUGUUGUGGAACAAAGUGAGAGGAGUAUUGCAAAUUGGAUGCCAGAGAGAGGGCUUUCUAAAUUAAAGCAACCAAAAUGGCCAGGUAACACAACAGAGCCCCCAGCAAAGUUGAGGAUUGGAAUCCCUCCUACAAACAGUGUCAAUGAAUUCAAGAAAGUUCUGAACUUCUCUUUUGAUGUGUUUUUCGAAGCCUUGAAGAUUUUACCCUUUCCCCUGCAUUAUGAAUUCACCCCUUACAAGAUACAUGGUUCCUAUGAUGAACUUCUUAUGCAAAUUAAGGAAAAGAGGUAUGAUGCUGUGGUGGGGGACGUGACAAUUGUGGCUAACCGCUCAAAUUAUGUUGAUUUUACCAUGCCAUUUUCGGAAUCAGGCGUGGCCAUGUUGGUUUUGGCGAAGCAUGACGAGAGGCAAAACAUUUGGAUUUUCCUGAAGCCAUUUAGUUGGGACCUUUGGUUGACGACUGGUGCAGCUUUCAUCUUCAUAGGUUUCAUCGUUUGGUUCAUUGAACACCGCUCUAACUCAGAGUUCAGAGGCACUCCAAAGAACCAACUCGGCAUGGCUCUUUGGUUUUCUUUCUCAACACUCGUCUUUGCUCACAGGGAGAGGGUAGUAAACAAUUGGUCUCGAUUUGUGCUGAUUAUAUGGUUCUUUGUUGUACUCAUAAUCACGCAAAGUUAUACUGCAAGUUUAGCUUCAAUUCUGACUGUACAGAAACUUCAGCCUGCGUUUAUGGACGCAGAAGAGAUCAAAAGAAACAAUUACUUAGUGGGAUAUCAUCAGGAUUCCUUUGUGAGAGGGCUACUAAUUGAAAAGUUAGGAUUCAAAGAAUCUAAGUUAAAGGGCUACGAUGGGCCUGAGGCCUAUCAACAUGCUCUGUCCCUGGGAAGCAACAAUGGAGGAGUUGCUGCUAUUUUUGACGAAAUUGUCUUUAUUAACCUCUUCCUCAUGAAAUAUGGCUCCAAAAAGUAUCAGAUGGUUGGGCCAACAUACAAAACCGAUGGAUUUGCCUUCGCAUUCCCACGAAACUCUCCAUUGGUCCCUUACUUUUCGAGGGCAAUCACAAAUGUGACCGAAAAUAGAACUACAUUUGAUGGGAUUAAGAAGAAGUACUUCUCAAGCGACGUGAUGAGUGAAGAUGCAAGUACCUCAAUGGCAUUAGAAAGCCCAAACUUAACUUUAAAGAGCUUUGGGGGGCUUUACAUCAUCACAUUGCUCACUUCAUUGCUAGCACUCACGGUCCGUUUGUUUAAGAUGAUACAUUCCAAAUUCAUUGCUCGAGACUUUCAAAGAUCCCUUUCCGAGAUGAUGAUUGAAUUGGAAAAGCAUUUCAACAAAGAAGAGAGCUCUUUACAUUCUCCUCAAAAUAGUACUCCAGGAAUGGAGUAAGGUUCACUUGACCUUGAUGCCACCCAUGAUCAAUCAUUGAUUCACAAUGAGGAAGAUCUAAGACACAGUUAAUUAUGCCAUUUGGUGACAAAGAUAAUAUAAUACUGAAAUUUGGAGCAGUGUAUAUACAGUGAUGAACUCCAUGAAUUACUCAUACUUGAACUCCAUAAUAUGGAUGCAUAUAUAUAGAGUAACUCCUCUAGCUUAGUGAGCUGUUGAUA